UACAUAUCUCAUUCGAUCCCUCAGCUCUGCUCAAAUCAGCCUGUGGCUAGUUUUCUAUCCUUUGAAAAGUGUGGUUGAAAAAUGAAAAUGCCUCUCUAUACAAUAUUACCGUCACUGUUCAUUGUUUGUAUUCUCCUCACCAAAUGCGAAGCUGGCGAUGUGGAUGAUUACUUUGUGAAUGCCACUCUUGUGAAGAGCGAUCCUGGAGCACUUUGCUUGACGGGAAAGCCAGCUGCAUAUUACUUCGACCACGGAUUUGGCAGUGGAGUGCGCAAUUGGCUUGUGUAUCUUCAGGGGGGAGCGUGGUGCAACAAUGUUGAGUAUUGUGCCACCGCAUAUGCGCAGCUAAAAAAUCUUACUCUAGAUCCUAUUCCAUAUUCCUUUAAAGACAUAUUGAGCAACAAAAAAGAGGUUAAUCCAGAUUUCUUCAACUGGAAUAGAGUCGUGAUUCGAUACUGCGAUGGUUCUUCUUUCACAUCUGACUCUGAAAGAGUUUACGAGUACAAUGGCACCAAGCUCUACUUUAGAGGCCUACGGAUUUACAAAGCAGUGAUGCAAGAAUUGCUUCACAAACUGGAAAUGAGAACGGCAAAAAAUGCUCUCUUAGUAGGUGGUUCGGCGGGAGGAGUGGCAGUUUCCCUCCAUUGUGACGGAUUUCGUGAUCUUUUGCCCCACGCUACUAGAGUAAAAUGUUUUUCCGAUGCCGGUUAUUUUUUCCCUUCAAAAAAGUUUGCACGGGGAGAAAUCUUCACACAAACCUUUCAAGGAUUGAUGGCACAUGGAUCCAUUAAGGCCUUGCCCGAAGAAUGCACAUCAAGAAUGAGUCCGCAUCUGUGUUUCUUCCCGCAAAAUGUGGAACAACACAUCAAGACGCCUAUCUUCUUUUUGAUGUCUGCAUUUGAUACUGUGCAGGUAACAUGGACUUUUUCAGCAAAUAAUACGAUUAAAAAAUGUCUAACUUUGCUGAACUGCUCAGAUGACAUUAUUAAAGCAUUGCAAGAUCUAAGACUGGAAUUUCUCAGCGUGUUGCCAAAACUAAGCAAUGCAUCAUCAAGAGGGAUUUUGAUUACCUCCCCUACAACUCAUGAACAACUGUCCAAUUAUAGAUGGAACAGCGAUAUGGUUGUAGACGGGAGUGACCAGAAAAUCUCUAAACUAUUUGGAGACUGGUACUUUGAUCGAAAAAGCAUUCAAAUAAUCGACAAAUACCCGUGUCCGUAUAAUUGUUCCGUGAGCCAGAAUACAGCUAACGAUACGGGGCCUCAUACUAUCUUGUGCAAGACAUUGAUUGUAAUCGUCCUUUUAUUUAAUUGGAUGUUUAGCUUUUUAUUAUAGUAUUGAUGAUAGAAAUAAUUACGUAGUACAUAGAUAUAUGACAUAAAUAAAGAUGAUUUACAUAGUUAUUAGAAUAAUAUUCCCUCCAUCCCUAAUAAAACUUUCAAAUAGUUUUGGCACAAGUUUAAGAUAUUGGAUAUUGUGUGGUGGAGAGUUGUGCAGAGGAGAGAUAAAUGUUUAAGAAUUGUUGUGAACCACAAAUUCUUUACCAAAAAGGGAAAGUGAAAUUUUAAUUUAGACGGACGAAAAGGGAAAGUUAGAAGUUUAUUUAGGGGCGGAGGGAGUAAUAAAGCUAGUCAUAGUAAUUCAUGUUCAAUUUUUGAACUUAAGUUACCACAACACUACAUUUUAGUAAUUAAUAAUCAUAUUUAUGUAAAUAAGUUUUUUUUAGUAAUAUUAUGGUAAAAAACCUUAAUGAUAUACUCUAAUCAGUUGAUGUAG